AUGGCGGGCCACGGCGCGCUCCGCCGGCCGCCGGUGGCGUCCUCCGCCCCGCACCAGGGCUUCAUCUCGCGAGCCCUCCUCCUCCUCACGGUGCUCCCCUUGGCGCUCGCCUCCUUCGCGUUCGUCCUUCAGUGGCGCGGCGGCGUCGACGAUCUGACCUCGCGGUGGCCCGCCGCCGACGCCCAGAUGUUCCCUGUGAUGGACAGCAACAACGACAGCCACCUUGGUUCAUCCGCCGCGGAUUGCGCGGACAUCCUCGGCCGGAGCUCGUCGCCGUCUUUCCCUUACUACCGCGGUUGGAAUUUUAAUUUGGGCAAGGAUCUGAAGCCGAAGAUAUGUAUAACAACAAGCACUUCUGCCGGUUUAGAGCAGAUCAUACCCUGGUUGUUUUAUCACAAGGUCCUCGGUGUAUCACAGUUUUUCCUGUUUGUUGAAGGAAAGGCUGCAAAACCUCAUCUUUCUGCUGUCCUUGAAGCCAUACCCGGGGUAAAACUGAUAUACAGAACUAGAGAACUCGAGGAAAAACAGGCAAAGAGUCGUAUCUGGAAUGAGACUUGGUUGGCAGCCUUCUUCUACAAGCCUUGUAAUUACGAACUCUUUGUCAAGCAAUCACUUAAUAUGGAGAUGGCGAUAGUGAUGGCACAAAAUGCUGGCAUGGACUGGAUCAUACAUCUCGAUACUGAUGAGUUACUGCAUCCAGCUGGUGCCCAAGAAUACUCUUUAACUAGUUUGCUUUCUGAUGUUCCUGCCAACGUGGACAUGGUUGUCUUUCCAAAUUAUGAAAGUACCAUUGAGCGGGAUGACAUCAAAGAUCCUUUCAGUGAGGUGUCUAUGUUCAAGAAGAAUUAUGAUCAUCUACCAAAAGAAACAUAUUUUGGUUUGUAUAAAGAGGCAUCACACGGUAACCCAAAUUACUUUCUUACUUAUGGAAAUGGAAAAUCAGCUGCACGGAUUCAGAAUCAUCUUCGCCCUAAUGGUGCACAUAGAUGGCAUAACUACAUGAAGGCCCCACAUGAGAUCAAGUUUGAAGAUGCUGCCGUCCUGCAUUACACAUAUACAAAGUUCUCAGAUUUGACAUCUCGACGUGACCGGUGUGGCUGCAAACCAACAAAGGAGGAUGUCAAGAGAUGCUUCAUGUUGGAUUUUGACAGAGCUGCUUUUAUUAUUGCAUCAACUGCAACUGAAGAAGAAAUGUUGCGCUGGUACAAUGAACAUGUUGUGUGGAGUGAUAAACAGGUAACUCUCAUGCUUCUCAGGAAGGGCAUCUUGACACGCAUAUAUGCUCCAAUGGCUAUUGUCCAAAGUCUGAGGGAAUCUGGUGUUUUUAGCUCUGCCAUUGCAUCUGCUCAAGCAUCAUCCAAACAGAAAUCUACUUCACCCAUCGAGAAUCUUCAAAAUAGAUCUUCGGUGAUUCUAGAUCCAAUUGACAGUAUAUCUAAGAGAGGAAGGAUAGGAGGCAACAAGAUUAAAGCUCAAGCAACUGCACGGAAGAUCAUGGAGAUUGUUGGUGGUGUUGAGAGUGCGAUGCCACCAAUGUCUCCGCCAGGCUUGGAUGAUUUCAGCAUGGAAAUGUGAAAAGCCUCCAGUAUUCGUUGUUGUUCCUAGUUCACAUGAUUCUUUAGACAAGUUGAUUGCAGCCAAGAAAUUGGAAGGGAGACAGAGAGGGUGGUUUUGAUGCCAUGAUUCUUCAACCCAUUUGUUGCGGAACCAGGUGCCAACUUCAAGCUUUUUGCCCCAACUUAAAAUUGUUCUUCUGUUGACAGUUCUGGAAGGUGGAUAGAUGUAGGAUUGAGCAUUCCUUAUUAAGUUCAUAGUUAGAUUUACCAAAUGGAUUCCUUGUUGGAAUUCCAUUCAGUUGAGUUAUUACUUGUAUAGAAAAUAUGGGUACUCUUGUUCGACAUUUUUACCUAAUACAAUUUACAGCAGAAGUCAUGAUCUCUGCUGCACCUUGCA